AAGAAGGCAUUUAUACAAAGCCAUUUGUUUUAAGACUCAAAGUUCACAAUAUAUUUCGAAAAAAAAAUGUAAAUUCUCUUUGAUUUUAAUUAUGACCCAGCCAAGGAUAUGUCUUUUAGUUGGAGCCCUACUUCUUUUCUGUACCAGUUUUUCGUGGUGCGCCUCCAAGGAGAAAUGCACAGCCAUCGAAGACAACCCGACCUCAAAUACCAGCUACGACUUUGUGCCGCACAUCCUGCAGGCCCUGGCAAUCUACCGACCAUGUGAGCCCGGGGACCCAAAAUGUCUCUGCCAUGCCGCGACCAUACAAAAGAAUUUGGAGCCGUAUGUGGACAAGGGUAUAACUCCAGAGAUGAUGGCGCAGUCUAAACGAUUGGGCACUUUGUACCAGAUAAUCCGUGGACGCAUCUAUCGCCAGCAAAACUGCUUGCAUCCCAAGCGCUGUGCCGAUGUGGAGGACCUGCUCAUGGACGUGGCCAGCGAUGUGCCAGACCUGGAAUUCGUUCUCAAUGUACGCGACUGGCCCCAAGUGCACUUUCUAUCAGGCUUAAGUGGUCCGGUAUUUUCCUACUCCAUCACGGCGCGUCACCUGGACAUCAUGUAUCCGGCAUGGUCGUUUUGGACCACCACGGGUCCCAACCUGCAGCACUAUCCCCACGGUGUGGGUCGCUGGGAUUGGAUGCGGAAACAUUUGGCAGCCAGAGCGUCGGAGAUGCCAUGGCAUGCCAAGCGUCCUAUUGGUUUUUUCAGGGGCUCGCGUUCCUCGGCAGAACGCGAUGGUCUGGUAAGGCUUUCCCACAGGCGUCCAGACCUGGUUGAUGCCCAGUACACGCUCCCAGCGACGGACGCCGAUCCCGCCGAGAAGAUGCCUUUGGACGAGCACUGCCGAUUCAAGUAUCUGUUCAAUUUCCGUGGUGUGGCCGCCAGUUUCCGGCUGCGGCACAUACUGCUCUGCCGCUCGCUGGUGCUCCAUGUGGGCGACCAGUGGCAGGAGUUCUUCUACAGUCAACUGACGCCCUGGGUGCACUACGUUCCCGUGGCCAGUGACGCCGACGUGGAGCAGCUGGCCGAGUUGAUUCUAUAUCUGCGUGAGCACGAUGAUCUGGCGGAGGAGAUUGCGGACAGGGGACAGCAGUUCGUGUGGCUCCAUCUCCGCAUGGAGGAUGUGCAAUGCUAUUGGCGUAAGGUACUCCAGGAAUACGGAAAGUUGCUCACUUAUAAAGUGCAGCGGGAGCCGGGCCUUCUCGAGGUGUCCAACAAGAAGGCGGUGCAGCUAUAUCGCGGCAAAUAAACUAAUUACAAAUCCUAUCUUUUUAGUUAUGUAAUAAACAAAGUGCUUAUAUCAUAUCAUAUCAUAUCAUAUCAUAUUAUAUUAUAUCAUUUAAAAAUCUG